CCAUCUCUUUUCCUCAUCCCAGUCAUCUCAAAACCCUCCUCCUCCCAUCCUCCCUCAAGCUCUCAAUUUUUUUUUAUUAUCCGAUCGCCGGAAUUUUAACCGGUGACGUAAUUUUCCCGCCCUUUUUUGGAGGCUAAAACUUUUCUUGAUUAAAAAAAAAAAAAGAAGCUGGAGAUUCUAUAAGAGCGAGAACGAACCCCCCCCCGCGAAAUGACCUUGAGACCAUCGCGAUUCGCAUGGCACCAGCUGUUUUGUCUACCUUAAACGAACCGUCCUUCCAUGGACAAUGCGGCGCCGUUUUUAUGAGGAAAUUUACAAAACAAUCCGUCGCCGAGAACAGCAGUAGCCCUCUUCCUCCCCUCUUCAGCCCUAACCCUAACCCUAAUUUCGAUUCGAGCAAGGGGUUCGACGAUUCGUCUAAUUACGGAGGCUACGCUACUUUUAACCUCGCUGGGUACAACUCGAGUCAGCUCAGGGAGCUGAAGAAGCGCUUUACCUCGGAGCUCGAGCAGAUUCGGAUCCUCAGGGAACGGAUCGAGUCGGGAACGUUCGAGUCUCAGCGAGUUGAGGUAUCUGCCGUUCGAGUUGAAUCGAAGAAGCGAUGCAAUCCGUUCGGUUCCGAAGAGACUCCUCCGAAGCGGGAGAGAGUGUUGGCUUCUAUGUUGAAUACUUGCGGUCAGAUGUUGGUUAAGCUGAUGAAGCACAAAUGGGCCUGGGUGUUCAAUACCCCUGUCGAUGUGGUUGGUUUGGGGCUUCAUGAUUACCAUCUCAUCGUGAAGAAGCCCAUGGAUCUGGGCACCGUUAAGCUGAAUCUCGAAAAGGGCUUUUACGUUUCGCCGCUUGAUUUCGCGACUGAUGUUAGAUUGACGUUCAGGAAUGCGAUGGCGUAUAACCCCAAGGGGCAAGAUGUGUACUUUAUGGCUGAGAAGCUUCUUGAUCAGUUUGAUGUGGUGUUUAAUCCUGCUUUCAAGAAAUUCGAAGCUCAGCUGGUGAAGGUGAAGCAGAAACAUUGGAGUCAGAGUCCAGUGGAGGCGAAUGUGAGGAGAGGAACUGAACAGAUCUCAAUUGCCAAGAAGUUGGAUUCAGUGAAGCCCUUACAACCUACAUUGUCUCCUCCUCAAGUAGUUGAGCCGGCACGGGAGCGAACUCCUCCCCCUCCUCCUCAAGUGGAAGCACCUCCUGAUGUGAGUGAAGUAACCAAAGGGAGGAACGGGAAGUUGCCGAAGCCUAAGGCUAAGGAUCCAAACAAAAGGCUGAUGACAAUGGAGGAGAAGUCGAAGCUUGGUAUGAAUCUACAAGACUUGCCUCCCGAGAAGCUUGGACAGUUGGUUCAGAUUCUUAGGAAGAGAAACGGUCAUUUAGCUCAGGAUGGAGAUGAGAUAGAGCUAGAUAUUGAAGCUGUAGACAAUGAGACUCUGUGGGAGCUUGAUCGUUUCGUGACUAAUUACAAGAAGAUGGCUAGCAAAAUCAAGCGCCAAGGGUUUAUCCAUAACGUGUCAACUCCUCCAGCUGCUAGACACAUGGCUUCGGAUGCAGAAAUAGGUAGUGCGGAGAAGAGAACAAGGAAAGGGGAUGCAGGGGAAGAGGAUGUAGAUAUUGGAGAAGACAUACCAAUCGAAGAUUACCCAUCUGUUGAGAUCGAAAGAGAUGGUACUGCAGUAGCAGCUGCUGCUAGUAGCGGGUCUAGCUCUUCAGGCAGCUCUAGUUCUAGUAGCGGUUCUUCCUCUAGUGAUUCAGGGUCAGGUGGGAGUUCAUCAGGUAGUGAUUCUGAUGCAGAUAGUGUUCAAUCGCCAUUCGUGGAAGCAAAAGAAGCUCAAGGAUAGAAUCUCUUGGAGCUUAGUCUAUUCAAGUGCUAAGAGAGUUGAAAGCGUGGGUGUAAAGGGAGGAAACCUUAGGAAGCAGUAGAUGGUGUGGUUAGAUAGAGAGAAAUGAUAGUUUGAGGGAGAGGAGUUCGUUAUUUAAUUCACCUAUUAGAUUUAGAAAGUUGUUUAACUGUAAUUGUGAGAUGAAGAAAAGGGAAGGUGGAACUAGGAGAAAGAAUCAAUGCAAUGUAUUAACCGAGUGAUGUAAAUGGUUGGAAAAUCUUAAAAAAUAUCUUUAUUUGUUGAA